AUAUAACCUGCCUCUCACCCGUUCCCAAUGCACCGCUUUCCCAUCACAAAACUAUUGCCUGCAUUUGAUCUUGGCCCGACUAUUCGCCAAUCAUCACAUCAACAUGAGGACUCUCACAACAAUUGGUGCCUUGGCGAUGCUUCUUCAGCAAGCAGCAGCGAAUCUCGACGUCGUCACCUUGAUAGCUCAACCCGGUGUUUACAUUCAGGAAGCUUCCGCGACACUUGUCCUCCCAGAUAUCCCCAAUCCUAUCAGUGGAGAUGUUGCUCUCUGGAGCGCCAUCAUGAUGCAGAACCAACAAUCAUUCCUACAGGGAGUUACUGAGAACGCCCCACCAGGAAUGGGAUACUGUUCCAAUCUUGGCAAAAAGUGGUGUAACUUUGCUUAUGCACUUAUCAAUGGCAGCUCUGAACCUAGGAACGGUAAUACUAUUGCAGCAUCUCCUGGAUCACACGUCAAGACUCAAUAUAAACUGAACCCUCAGACGCAAAUGUGGGAUCAGAAUGUUUACAUCGACAACAAGCUCGCUUCCACUAUCUCAACUAGCAAGGGGCAGCAUGGCGAGAUUCUUUAUAUUUCCAUGGAAUGUGCCAGGGGAAACUGCGCCACUACUCCAGCACACAGCUGGGAGAAUGUUUCUAUUACUCUAAGCAAGGCUGACCCUAGCUUUGGCCAUAGUGGAAGAUGGGAACAGGGUGCGACUGGCGGACAGAUGUCGACAUCAGAUGGUGGUAAAAGUUGGAAGUUUACCACGCUCAGGGUCCCAGCCACUCGUGUCCCGUCGAACGAGCCUUAGUAAAGCUACUUGGGUGCUGGAAGCAUGGUUUUGUACGGCGUGAGCGCUAUUAAAGAUUCAAUUGGUCCCAUAGUCGUUAUAAGUGUCGCUGCAAGACGAAGAAAUUAUAUGCAG